AUGAGCUGCAGGAAGUUCAGUGCGCCAAGACAUGGGUCGUUGCAGUUCUGCCCAAGAAAGCGCUCAAGAACAAUCAGGCCGUCUGUCGGUGCUUUUCCAGAGGAUGAUGCACAGAAGGCAGUGCACCUGACUGGAUUCAUGGUGUACAAGUGCGGAAUGACACAUGUGGUGAGGACGAAGGAGCUGGUGACGAAGAACAAGCAGGUGACGAAGGAGCUGAUGGAGGCGGUCACGGUGCUUGAGGCGCCGCCGAUGGUUGUGCAUGGAGUAGUUGGGUACGAGGAAACAGCAGAGGGGAAGAAGCGGAUGCAGCCGGUGUAUGCAGCACACCUGAGCGAAGGGGCAUUACGAAGGAUGUUUGGAUAUGGACACGAAGAGACAGGGAAGAAGUUUGUGAGCGGAUACAGUGCAGAGGAGAUGCAAAGGCGUGCAGAGGAGAUGAAGAAGAGAGCAAGUAGUAUCAGGGUGCUGGUGGAGACACAGCCAGUGCUGGUGAAGAGGCUGAACCUGAAGAAGGCACACAUAGCAGAGAUGCAGGUGAAUGGGGGAAGUGUAGGCGAGAAGAUUGAAUGGGCAAUGAGCAGGCUUGAGAAGGAGAUAAGGAUUGCAGAGGUGUUUGGGGUGAAUGAGAAUAUUGAUGCGGUUGGAGUAACGAAGGGGAAGGGGUUCCAGGGAACAGUAAAGAGGUUUGGAGUGCGGAUCCAGCCGAGGAAGUCACGGAAGGGCAUAAGGAAGGUGGCGUGUAUUGGAGCAUGGCACCCAAGCAGGGUGAUGUAUUCGGUAGCAAGGGCUGGACAGAUGGGAUUCCAUAGAAGGACGGAGGUGAACAAGAGGGUGUAUAUGAUUGGGAAUGGGAACGAGGAGAUACAGACUGAGUAUGACUUGACACGCAAGACGAUAACGCCGAUGGGGGGGUUCCCGCACUAUGGGGUGGUGCGAAACGACUAUAUUAUGGUGAAGGGUGCGGUGAUGGGGCCUACGAAGAGGGUGGUGACGCUUAGGAAGAGCCUGUAUGAGCAGAAGAAGGGCGAGGAAGUGGCGAUCAAGUUUGUUGACACGUCGUCGAAGAUUGGGCACGGACGGUUCCAGACAAGCGAGGAGAAGAGGGUGUUCUAUGGUGCGAAGAAGGCAGAGAUAGUUGAUGAGGUUCAUUAA